AACAAGAGACGGAUUCCGAGCAUGGUCAGAAAGACCACCGAUCUGGAGUUUGGAGUUCGAAGUUGCGAGUUCGGAGGCUCCGUGUCUGUCUCUCUGUCUCCGUCACUGUCAGACCCAAAAAUAGAAAACUUCGUAGAGGGUUAUCGAUUUUGAAAGAUGAAAUUGUACUGGGAUUUGAGGGUUGCGGUGGUGGUGGCGGCGCUGUGUUUACUAUUCGCAACCAAAGAAACGGAAGGGAUAAGAUUUUCGAUAGACAGAGAAGAGUGCUUGUCCCACGAUGUACAGUAUGAGGGUGACACCGUUCAUGCCUCGUUCGUUGUCAUCAAGACCGAUUCUCAAUGGCAUUACUUCGACGACGGCGUCGAUCUUGUGGUGAAGGGGCCUACUGGCGAGCAGAUUCAAGAUCUCCGUGAGAAGGUAAGCGGGAAAUUUGAGUUUGUGGCUCAAACAAAAGGGCUUUAUCGGUUCUGUUUCACCAACAAGUCUCCCUACCAUGAAACUCUCGACUUUGAUGUCCAUGUUGGUCAUUUUGCAUACUAUGAUCAGCAUGCAAAAGAUGAGCAUUUCAACCCCAUGUUGGACCAGAUAGCAAAGUUGGAGGAAGCCCUUUACAACAUCCAGUUUGAACAGCAUUGGUUAGAGGCUCAGACGGACCGCCAAGCAAUAGUGAAUGAUGGAAUGAGUCGUAGAGCAGUCCAUAAGGCAAUGUUUGAAUCAGCAGCACUCAUUGGAGCUAGCGUCCUUCAAGUCUACCUUUUGCAACGCUUGUUUGAACGGAAGCUUGGGACAUCCAGAGUUUAGAUUUGUUUCUGUUGAAUGAAAUGUAUUAUUGGAGGAUGGAGAUCUUUAUGUAUCAAUUGCCGUUACACCCCAUUAAUAGUUUUGUAGCUUAUCAGUCUUGAGUUACCCUGCACCCCUGAAGCUACUGUGGAGAUGACUCGUCUAUGCUUAAUUAAAGAUAUUUGCCCCUGAUAUAUGAUUUAUUUUUUGAGCUCU